AGAUUAUUUCACUACAAGUUUUCAUCAACAAAAUUAGUUUCACAAUGAGUAUCAAAAAAGAUGGUUCAAUUUGUUUGGUUUGUGGAGAUAAAGCAACCGGUAAAAACUUCGGUGCCAUUACAUGUCAACCAUGUAAAGCAUUUUUUCGAAGAAAUGCACUCUUAAAUAAUUUUGAAUGCUAUUUUGAAGACAAGUGUAGUAUGAGUUUACUUACGCGAAAAUUUUGUAAAAAAUGUCGUUUAUCUAAAUGUUUUGCCGUUGGUAUGAAUAAGGAUCAUAUAUACGAUGAAAUUCAAAAAGAAAAGAGAAGAUUAAAAAUUGAAGUAAAUAAGAGAUUAAGAGAAAGAUAUAAACAUUUGAAUAAAAUAUCAAUUGAUUUACUAAGCGUUACAAAUGACAAUUCAGACCAUUUGAUCGAUGAUUUAGAGUCAGACAUAACAAGUGUUUCAACAAUUAAUGAAAAUACAAGUUAUUCAGAAUGUAGUGAUGAUAUCAACAACAAUGACAAUCAAUUGAUGCUUUAUGUCAAUGAAAAUACGGUUUGCGAUGAUUUGCUUAACUUUAAUAAUAUAUCGGACUUAAUAAGUCAAGAAUUACAAGACAUUGAUUUUGACACAGAAAUAAUUCAAACAAUGGUUGACAAACCUAUUGCUGAAUCGUUUGAAUUAAAUCAAAUUGAAGUCAAUUUAUUAAAGGAUUUAUUUGAAAAAACGUCAGUUCUUAGACAUCCUGAUACCAAUCAUGUGGUCCAACUCACAGAUUUAAAUGCCGUCCGACGGGUAACGGCAUCCAAAUUAGAUAAAGAAAUUAGACUAUUGAUCGAUAUGUCUAAACAUUUAACCAAUUUUUCCAAUAUGUGUGAAAACGACAAAAUAGCACUUUUGAAAUACCGAUGCUUUGAGUCGCUAUUUGUCCGCUCCGUUAUGAUUAUUGAUUAUAGCAAAAGUGAAAUUAUAUAUCAUUUGGAUAAUUCAUUAAUUAAGUUUGAUAUGGAACUCCUUAAUAAUAAUAACGUUAAGGGAGAUCUUUAUAAUCAUUUUAAAUAUUAUUGGGAAAACAUAGGACCCGAAUGGGACUCCGAUCCCAUGAUUGUUGAAGCGCUUACAAUCAUAUCUUUAUUUGAGCCAAACUGUCCAAACAUUAAACAUAAAGAAAUCAUAACUUAUCAACAACAACUAUAUAUGCGAUUAUUAUAUCGGUAUCUAAAGUUGAGAUACCUAUCCGAAAGUGAGGCUCAGCUCAGGUUUGCUAAGUUCAUGAAUGCCAUCAAAUUUGCUGAUAUUUUGGGUGAAAAACAGCGACAAAAUUCAUCGGAAAGGAGUCCACAGGAAAGCGGACUACUUAUCGCUGAAAUUCUAGACAUUAAUAAUCAAUAA